UCUCUUUUCUUUUUUAAUUCUCUCCACUGUAGAUCUGCUGCAACUCUCAGCUUUUGAAUGCUUUAAAUUUACCAGUUGCCAUGGAAUUUAGCUCUUUCAUACCAAACCCACCGCCCCCCUUUGGAUUCUCUCUUCAAUGUUGUGAAGUUAAUCUGGUCAUACUCUUGCAGCAGCGGCAGCAGCAGCUUCUGCUUCUCCAAAUCAUUACAUUCGUACUCUCUUCCAUUAAUUUCCCUGCAAUUCUGAGGCUCUCUGCUAUGAAAACACCACUCUUCUUUACUCUUGAGCUGAGUCACGUAAGUUUCAGCAUUCAGUCAUGGCGAGGUUCUAUUUCUUGUCGGGUUUUAUUGCUUUCGUUUCCUCAUUCGUCUUCUGAAUGCGAACCCAACUUUUAACUUCUUAUCAUUGAGCUGUUUCUGCGGAUGUUUAUGGGAUAUAGAUCUGUUUUUGGCGCAUUUGAAGUUGGGGUUCGGUGUUUUUGAGUGAUCCUUGAAGCAUGCACGCCACCUAUUUGAUAUUAUGUCUGUGAGAGAGUGAGCGACUGAGAGAGCUUUUUUUUAAACAAUAAUGAGGGGGGGAGUGGAGAAUGGGUAUGACAACAACGGAUCAAAACAUGAAAUGGCUAUGGGUUUUGAGUUUCAAAGAGGAAACGGAGUUAAUAGCAGUUUUCAACGCCGGGUAGCCAAUGCCAAAUCAACUCCAUCGAAGUGGGACGAUGCACAGAAAUGGAUUUUUGGGUUGCCGAAAGGAGGAGAAAAGGGGGAGUCUAAAAUCAAGUAUAGAAACUCGAAUGCUGAUGACUUGCGGCUUAUAGCUGCUUUGCCACAACAGGAUCAUGACUAUUUGAGCGGUGGAGACAAAAGGAGCGAAGGGCAAGAAGAAAAUCAAGGCUUUGCUUCUGCUAUGUGUAGUCAAAGUGAAGCAGAAACAAAGAGGGUGGAAUGCGAUGAACCCGUUUGGAGAAUCAAUAAGCCAUUGGAGAACUGCAAGACGGUGGUUAGGUCUGUGUGUGUUAGGGACAUGGGAACAGAGAUGACUCCCAUAGCAAGUCAGGAGCCUUCAAGGACGGCUACCCCGGUUAGAGCCACCACCCCUGUGCUUCAGAGCCCUAUGACUUCUGGAUCUUCCACUCCAGCAAGGCCCCACCGUGAAAUGCAAGCUAUUGAAGAUGGUCAAAUAGGCCGUGCAUCCACUGCCGUGGUGGCUGGAAACCAGAGCUCUGAUCAGGCUGUGCAGAUGUACUCCAUGGAAACUAGAGCAAUGGCCUGGGAUGAAGCAGAACGAGCCAAGCAUAUGGCAAGGUUUAAACGUGAAGAAGUGAGGAUACAAGCAUGGGAAACCAGCGAGAAGAGGAAAGCUGAGUCAAAAAUGAGAAAAAUGGAGAAAAAGGCAGAGAAAUUGAAAGCUGGUGCACAAGAGAAGCUGGCAGAUAAACUAGCAGCCACCAGAAGAAUAGCUGAAGAGAAACGUGCAAAUGCAGAAGCAAAACUGAAUAAGAAAUCUGUAAGGACGUCUGAAAGGGCUGAUUAUAUUAGGAGGACUGGUCACUUGCCUUCUUCUUUCUCCUUCAACUUGCCUUCUUCUUUCUCCUUCCACCUGCCUUCUCUGUGCUGCUGGUAGCAUCAUUCAAUGGUCUCCCCUGUCAGACAGCUGCCUCUAAGUUUCAUCAGGUCUGCUCCUUCAAAUUCAAAUCCUCCUUUCCCUUUGCCACUUCUUUUUGUCUUUGAAUAUCUGUAAAAUGCGUUUAUCUCAGAAGUGUUAUCCAUAUUGAAAUUUUGAAAUGAAAUCUUCUGUACUGGUUCUUAGUUGCU